GUUUUAUUAUGGAAAGCCAAGCAUGCUGAACUUGUUCAGUUUGUAAGUUUCUAUCUAUGUAAAUAAUCAUCAUCAUUCAGAAGUAGUGUGUAAUGUCUCCAGUGUUCAGGCACUGUCCAUGUUUUCGGUCAGAGACUGAUGACAUUCAAGUGCUGGAGUACAGCCAUUGUAGUCUAAAUGAUGUUCCCAAUGAAGUAUUUGCCUAUGAAAGAACACUUGAAGAACUGUUUCUUGAUGCCAACCAAAUAAAGGAUUUACCAAGGCCAUUGUUUCACUGCCAUGGGUUAAGAAAGUUGGUGCUUAGUGACAAUGAAAUUCAGUCAAUACCUCCAGCAAUAGCAUCACUAAUUAACUUGGAGACCCUAGACAUCAGCAAAAAUGGGAUUCUUGAAAUUCCUGAUAAUAUCAAAGGAUGUAAGUGCCUUCAUGUGAUUGAAGCCAGUGUCAACCCUCUUGGAAAAUUGCCUGAAGGACUGACACAGUUGAUUAGCUUAGAAGAGCUCUAUUUAAAUGACACCUUUUUGGAAUAUCUUCCUGCUAACUUUGGAAGAUUAUCUAAGAUCAGGAUACUUGAACUCCGAGAAAACCACCUAAAGAUCCUUCCAAAGUCCAUGGUACGUUUGACUGAGUUGACAAGACUGGAUAUUGGGCAAAAUGAUUUUACUGAUGCACCUGAAGUUGUAGGAAGUCUGACCAAGCUAGUAGAGUUUUGGUGUGAUAGCAAUAAUAUAUCCUCACUACCACCAUGUCUUGGAGGUCUGACAAAUCUUGGAUAUUUGGAUGCCAGUAGAAACCAGCUGGAAGAAAUUGCUCCAGAACUUGGCUGUUGUGUUAAUCUCUGUGACAUCACGUUAUCUACAAAUAGGUUGAAAGAAUUACCAAAUACUUUUGGUAACUUAAAGAAUGUUACCAUAUUAAGGUUGGAUGAAAACUGUCUGUCAGCAUUACCUGAAAGCAUUGGGAACUUAUCUCAACUUGAAGAAUUGAUUGUGAGUUACAAUGACUUGGAAUCAUUGCCUACUAGUAUAGGACUUCUAAGGAAUCUACAUACAUUAAUAGCUGAUGAAAACUUAAUAGAGGAACUUCCCCCUGAGGUGGGAAGCUGUGUAAGACUGAGUAUCUUGUCUCUGAGAGACAACCGAUUAACUUAUGUUCCUGAUGAGCUAGGACAUUUAGCCUCCCUAAAAGUUUUGAGUCUGUCUGGCAACAUGCUUCAGUUUCUUCCCUUCAGCGUCGCAAAGCUUCCAAAACUGCAAGCCCUGUGGCUUUCUGAGAAUCAGACAAAGCCAUUGGUUCCUCUUCAGUCGGAUAUUGAUCCAGACACAGGUCAGCGCAUUCUUACCUGUUUUCUUUUGCCACAAGUUCCACUGGAAGAACCUAGAGAUCAUGGAGGUGAAAGAGAAGGUAUCGACAUUGAUAAAGAAGCAAGGCAACAGAUUAAAUUUGCUUCUGACAUAACAGUAGAACAGCCUGGUAAAUUAGUGCGAGCUCCUACACCUUAUCCUAAGGAAUUGAAGGCCCAUGCUAAACAUGCUCGUAACUACGCUUUGAAACUCAAAGAAGGGAGCAGAGAAGGAUCAGAUGAACCUGUUGUGGCAAAUGAAUUUGAACAUCUUAUUUGA